UUUUAUAAUCAAUACAUAUUAAGUACACAAAAAACUAUGUAAACGAAAAUUCUAUAUACAACACCUUAUCUGUCUAAAGAGAGAAUCUUAAUGCAGUGUGUAUCAGCUGAUUUUUGCAUCCUUCAAAAAAAAUUUCCAAAUUAGGAUUAUUUACAUUUAUAAAGUUUGUCAUGUCUCGUUGUUGCAAGAAUCAUUUUAUUGAAGUUUUAAAUAUUAGUGACGGCGAAACUAUAAGGCAUUCAAUAUUAUUGAUCAAAGGUCGCGUCGCAAACUAUUGUUUCAAAGAAUCUGAGAUAUUUUUGCAUUUGGAAAAAUUUCCAAAUUAGGAUUAUUUACAUUUAUAAAGUUUGUCAUGUCUCGUUGUUGCAAGAAUCAUUUUAUUGAAGUUUUAAAUAUUAGUGACGGCGAAACUAUAAGGCAUUCAAUAUUAUUGAUCAAAGGUCGCGUCGCAAACUAUUGUUUCAAAGAAUCUGAGAUAUUUUUGCAUUUGGAAGAGAGGAUUCUUAAAACGUGCAUUUCGCGUGCUGGUGAAUAUAAAUUUUUACUAGAUUUGCAAUCCUACGAAGCGAGUAAUGUGGUAAAAAUUCUAAAACUAAAAUUUAACUUUUGCAGCGCUGAGCGUGAACUUAAUGUUUUAUUUAAAAUUAAUGAAAAUUGUUACAAAAUUCAGCCCAUUUACGUUGUGUGUAGUGACGAAGAACAGCUAGUUAAAGAUAUUGACACUCAGAGUGCAUUACAGAUAAUUGAUCUAAACUUGCGCUUAGUGCAGUGUAUUUAUGCUGAUAAAUUGCGUGCUGCUGGAUUCGCUAGAGAUACGUUUAAUCUAAAUGGUUCCUGUCACCUGUUCUAUACUUCACUUAAAUGCGAACAAGCCUGGGAGCUUAGUGAGACAGAAAUUUGGCAAGUUAUUGCAGAAGAGAUACUAACUUCCCAAUGGGCAGCUAAUACAUAUCUGAAAUUUGUAGCAUUUAUUGCAUGCACAAAGUAUGAUAGCGCGGCUGUGGUGGCGAGUGGUGAUUUCAGUUAUGCGAAUAUAAGAAAACAUUUGAAAGCGCAUGCAGCUUUGGGAGGCGGUGGUCUUGCCUUAUUUGGAACCGCUUAUUUCUAUGCUUGGCCAAAAACUUUUGGAAAUAUAAUUAAUUGUUUCUAUAAUCAAAAACCCAUUGACUUGGCCUUGCUUCCAGACGAUAGUAACUAUCGGCGAACUUAUGGAGGUGUUUAUGCUACCACUUUGGGCGCUAUUUGUCACGAACUGGGGCACAUAUUUGAUUUAGGACACACUAUUGAAGGUGUGAUGGGUAAUGGAUUUGACUAUGUUAAUCGUUUGUUCACAAUAGACAAUAAAACUGAAAAUUUGCCAAAUAGAAUUAUUGUUGAAGGAGAAACAACUAAAAUAAAAACUAUUCAACCACGAUUAACUCAAGUUAAACGACAGUCAAAUAGCUUUUUGGAAAAAUAUCAUGAACAAAAAUUAAAUGAUGCAUUUUACUUUACGCGAAGUUGUGCUUUGAUACUAUCGAAGCAUAAAUGGAUAUACAGUUCCAGGGUGGAGGAGAAGGCUGAAAUCUUUUUAAAUUUGAAUGGAUAUUGCAUUAUAAUUGAAAGUAGCAAAAUUCCCUUCAAAAUCAUUGAGGUGCGUCGUAAGGAAAACAGUCUAGUGGAAAACUUUUAUGAAUUUGAUGAUUCUUUACCUGUAUAUUAUUUUGAAGUUCCAAGAGAAGUAACUCAGAACGUAAAAUCAAAGUCGCACUAUUUAUUUGUGAUGGUCAUAAAUGGCCAGAACAUUUGUUGUGGAAGAGAUUAAAUAUGCUAAAUUAUUUUG